AUGAAGCUUUUUAAUGAUUAUCGAACAGUUCUUCAGUUUUCACCGCGACUAUACAUGAACGGAGCGGGGCAAGUGGGCGGAGUGAGCGUAUUUUUUAAGCGGAAUCCGUGCGCGGGCGUCGCGUGGGGCUUCCACGGUCCACAAAGUUACCACUCGCUACCACUCGAUGCCGGAUCACGACAAGUACCAGUUGCGUCCGCGAGCCGCGCGCUCCCGCGAGCCGCGCACGCGACGCACUCCUCAACCCCUCAGUAAAUACAGAAGAAAAACCGCCAACGCACGCGAAAGAAGUCGGAUGGGGGAAAUAAACCGGGCGUUCGAAACCCUAAGACGCGCUGUGCCCGCUUCGGAAAUAACAGGCACCCCAGUUCCAUGCGAAAAGUUGACUAAAAUUACUACACUACGGUUAGCGAUGAGAUAUAUCACAGCGUUAUCUACAGCGCUAAGGGACUCCAGCCCGGACCGAAGUUCGAGUUCGCGCCCCGAGCGAUGGUCUUCUCCAAUGUGCUCGGAUUUAUCCGAAUUCUCCACGGAACAAGAGACGACUUCAGAAUUCGCAGAGGAUUCGCUUUCUCCAUUUGAUUCGUUCUUCGCAGAGUUCGACUACGAGUAUAUUGACAGGACAUUCUCGUGACAGUGCAGUGAUUUGGACGUUCUUGGAUUAAUAAAUUAAGUAUUCCUCAAUUUCUCGUUUUGCCAUAUUAAUUAUAUUAAUUAAUUUUAUUUUUUAAAUAGUCUAUCGAGUGAG